AUUAGUUAGUUUGAUUUCUGUAGUCAUAGGAAUACUUUGUUAUUUUGUAUUUUUGCAAAGUAUUUUAUACAUAAUUUUAUUUCCUACUUCUAUAAUGUUAAUAAUUAAAAUAUGGUAGUAAUGUGUUAAUCAAUAAUGUACUGUGAAAUUUGCAUUUUUUGUCAACCGCUAAAACAUAAUUAUGUUAGCAAAGUUUAUCCGUUGCUUGCAAUAGUGAGCUAUACAUCAUUUUCUAAAUUAAUUCCCUUUCUUGUUUAUUGAAGAUAUUAUCAUAAAUAUCUUCUUGAUUAUCUGUGAUAUAGUUCACUAAUAUAAACCAUUAAAAUGACCGUAACAUACACUGGAGAAGUUGCGACCUGCAGAGGUUUCGGUACUUUUUUAAAAGUGUUAAACAGAUGGCGGGGAAGUAUAUACAAACUAGUAUGGCUCGACCUUCUUGUUUUUUUAUUGAUAUAUUAUUUAUUAAAUUUAACUUAUCGUCUCUUACUAAACGAGGAAUCGAAAAGGACAUUUGAAGGCGUGGUAAACUAUUGCAGUUUUCAUGGAAAUGUGAUACCAUUGUCUUUUGUGCUGGGUUUUUAUGUGACAGUUGUGAUGAAUCGUUGGUGGAAUCAAUACACUACUAUACCGUGGCCUGACUCCAUAGCGGUAUUCGUAUCGGCCACCAUUCACGGGCAGGACGAGCGGGGGCGACUGAUGCGGCGCACUAUAGUCCGCUACGUGUGCCUGUGUCUCACGAUGGUGCUCACUAUGAUCUCGCCUCGAGUCAAGAAACGCUUCCCAAUGCUCAGCAACUUUGUAGAAGCUGGUCUACUACUAGAAAAUGAGAAAACAAUUCUAGAUAAUCUCAACGAUAAGUUUCCUAAGCCAUCUAAACAUUGGUUACCAAUAGUUUGGGCGACCAGUAUAGUGACAAGAGCCCGUAAAGAGGGCCGCAUAAGAGAUGACUUCGCUGUAAAAACUAUUAUAGACGAAUUGAACAAAUUUAGAGGACAAGCUGGACUGUUACUUAGUUACGAUACUAUCAGCGUACCCUUAGUGUAUACUCAGGUAGUUACCAUUGCCGUUUACUCAUAUUUUAUAACUUCUGCUUUGGGUAGCCAGUGGGUCGAUAACAAACUACAAUCUCAUAGUACUUCAGUCCAAAUCAGUAAUAUAGAUCUUUACUUUCCUAUAUUUAGUACAUUAGAAUUCUUCUUCUACAUGGGCUGGUUGAAAGUAGCGGAGUCUUUAAUAAAUCCCUUCGGCGAAGACGAUGAUGACUUUGAAGUGAAUUGGCUGAUAGACAGGGAUUUACAGGUUUCCUAUAUGAUAGUAGACGAAAUGCACCAUGAGCAUCCGGAGCUGAUCAGGGAUCAGUACUGGGACCAGGUGUUCCCAUCCGAGUUGCCAUACACGAUAGCUACCGAGAACCAGCGCGAGGAACACCCCGAGCCGUCGACGGCGCGUGUGGCGGUGCCGGCGCGGCAACGCAGCAUGGUCACCGUGGCGCCCUCCUCGGUCAAGAUCGACGAGAUGGCGCCAUCCAACACCGUGAGUUACAAGUUCGCCCCGCCAGAGCAAUUGCAAAUGAACGACGAUGCUGCUUCCGGUAUACAUUUCAUCGUGUCGAGAGGAAGCAAACGAGGAAAAAAAGAAGACCGAAAUUCCAUGGGAUCAACAAAUUCUAUGGUCUCAUUGCAACAGACUCCUAUGACCCGAACCAACUCUGUUACUUCAAUGUUGAAAAGGUUGUUUUCAAAAGAAGACCAAAGACAAGGCUCCACUACAGUUCCGUCGCAACCUGAUGGAGUGUCUCGAUUUAUAAUAUCUGCAAGUAAUCCAACCCUCAAUAAGCCGGCCACUGCAGGCGGUGGCAGCAUGAAAAUAGCUAAUGAGGUCAUCGAAGAGGUUGACGAACAAGCUACAAUUACAAGCAUGGCCAAGCGACCAGAAAACAGGCCAACAGCGAUGAGUGUAUUUCAAAAGGCGACCGCUCCUAGCGAACCAGUAAAUGUGCCAUCGAGAAACUCGAAUCAUAGCUCCAAUACAAGGUUGUCCAUGUCGGCGCCGACGAAUUGGUCGCGUUCGGGUGUAGACGAAGCGGGCGAUAAGAGUCCGGCCGCGCAGUCUCUCAACACUCAACCGUCGUUCCCGAGCAUCAGCGGCGAGUCCCGCCCGCGCCUCGACAGCGACGUUGGCCCUUCGCUUAGCGCCGCCGGCAGUCAGACUUUAUUGGAUGAGGUAGACGGAGGAGACGAUCCAGAUAUAGACGAUUUCGAACGAUUGCGAAGCAUAAGAGAUCAGCAACGUCGUGAAAAACAUUUACAGAAACUUAUGGCUCGCUCCGUCAGUGCACAGCAGGUUAAUAUUCCUACGGGUAGCAUGGAGCUAAUAGAUAACGAUUUAUUGUUAGAGGAUCUACUAGCACAGUCGGCAGAAUUGAAAAAACAAGAAAAAGUUAAAAACGACUCACAGGACACCACUUGACAAAGUAGUUUUAUAUUUCAAUGGGAUUAAGUUUCGAGACCAGUGCAUUUCAGUAUUAAUAGUUAUUGUGAUACUAUACUGUACGGAUAUUCUUAAGAAGAAUAAUGUGUGAAUGCUUAAAAGAUAUUAUGUAGGUAUAUUUAUUGUGUACAUAAAUCGAUUAUCUAAAA